CACGAGUACGAAUUACCAGACAAAAAAGUAGUCUAAUAAAGCGAGAAAUUUGUUUGUUUGAACGCACUAAUCUCAUACUACCAGUCAGAUUUGAGACAUUCUUUUGCAUAUAAUAGCUGAUUUCUGCGACCACGGACAAAACCGCAAAAUAAAGUUAUGUACGUGUGUACACUUAAAAUUUGUGAAGCCGAAAAUGGGUCAGAUUACGGAUCGGAUUACGGGGAUGAAUGGCUCUAUUUCGUAGACGAUAAUGGAACCACACACAUAAUGAAUUUCUCAUCAUUGCCACCUGAACGCAGAGGACUAAUUUACGGAAAACCGCACUUCUAUUUAUAUACCAGACAAAAUUUGGAUCAAGCCGAAGAACUGUUUGCAAAUUAUGAAGAUGACCAUAUAAACAGCACUUACUUUAAUGAAUCGAAUGACAUCAAAGCAGUAACUCACGGCUGGUUAUCGAAUACGGGAGUGGAAUGGGUGCAAAACAUAAAAAACAGAUUGUUACAAAUCGCAGAUUUAAACGUCAUACUUGUAGAUUGGGGCGAUUUGGCAGCUAAUCCUAUGUAUCCAUGGCCUGCUUUAUGUACCAGAUUUGUUGGGAGAAGACUGUCCAGAUUAUUAAAUGCCUUCAGAAAUUCUUACCAAGUGCAAAAUAAUACACAUUUAAUAGGCCAUAGCUUAGGAGCUCAUGUUAUGGGUUACGCAGGAAUGUUUUCUAAAGAACGUGUAUAUCGAAUUACUGGAUUGGACCCAGCGAGACCUCUGUUUGAAUUGCCUGAAAUGGGCCCAAAUUUUAGUUUAGAUAAAAGUGACGCUGACUUUGUAGAUAUUAUCCACACAUGCGGUGGUAGUUUAGGCUACCAGGAUAGUCACGGGCACGCAGACUUCUAUCCCAAUAAAGGCCGCUCAGUGCAGCCAGGGUGCAAGGGCUCUAUGAAAUACACGGAUAGCUGUAGCCAUGGGAGGGCGUGUGAAUAUUUUUAUGAAUCAAUAUUCAGCGAAGUAAAGUUCAAAUCCUAUCCUUGCGAAAAUUGGGAAAGAUUUGAAAGAAGUGAAUGUAAGACAAACGCUACUUUAAUGGGUUAUCCUGCAAUUGUCGACAAUUUUGGUGAUUAUUUUCUUCACACUAGAAACGAAAGCACUUAUGCCAUCGAAGAAGAGGAGACUUCAUGAUACAUUUGAUCUAUUGAUUUGAUCUGUAGAGUAAUCUUUACAUCUUUUAACAGUACAUCAAC